AUGCAACCUAUAAUCCGGCAAACAGUUCGGCUCAACAACGCCAACCUCCUCUUCAACACCACAUUGAUAAACCAAAGUACGUAUGCUCGAACAGCCGGAUCACAACGUAUACCAUCCCGCCGAAACCUCCAGACAACCUCCAAUCUCUGGGCACCCCAACAUGAACAAGACGCAGCUCGUCUCAUCAAUCGAGAUGCACUCAACCCUUCAAGAUCAGAGGGUACCGGCUCCGGCACAGACGACGAAGUAGCCAGCCACUACUCAUCGUUUGACCCCAAGAACACUGCACCCGAAUCCGAGAUUGAGGCUGCAGGUCGCGAGUCUGAAGCCCGAAAAGAUACGAGUAAUCCGCUUGAUGUUAGCCCUGGAAAUAAAGAGGUGAAUAAGACUCGUGAUCCGUCGAAGGAUCCGCCGGAGAGUGGUGUGGAUAGGCCUGCGAGUGCUAAGGGGUGGACUCGGAAGGGUAAAGUUGUGAAUCAGGAUAAAUGA